AUGUUUUUGAUUGGUAGCGCUGAAGUUUUUAUAAAAUCCGAAUUAAAAGUUGACGUCAUUUUCGUCAAAGAGGAUCAAUAUUCGGAAGAUCAAAUUCUGGACAAUAAUGAAAGUUUACCGCUCUUCGAUGAGUUCCUCACGCUGUUCGGCGAUCGUGUUCGACUCCGUGGCUUUGAUAAAUACAAAGGUGGUCUUGAUACGGUGCAUGACCUAACAGGUCUAUUCUCCGUUUAUAUCAACUGGUGCAACAUCGAGAUCAUGUUCCAUGUGUCCACUCUGCUGCCAUACGAGAAGCACGAUCCACAGAAUUUGCAACGCAAGCGACACAUUGGCAAUGAUAUCGUUUACAUCAAAACGACCAACAACAACAACAACAAUAUAAUUGAUCUGCCGGAUAUGUUCACAUUUAAAAUUGGCGCUUAG